UUCAGGAUUCCCAAGAGUCACUGUGGACAACCGAGGCAGUUUGUCGAGCUCGGUCGAUGAUAUUUUGCACAUGUACGAGAAAGACUGCGCGCAAAAGACUGGAACCAACAGUUCAUCGAUUGAGCUUGCAAGGAAACAUAGGAAAAUUCCAGACAAUGGAGAAUUGGAUUUAUUUGCAGUUUGUAUGUUGAAGAAAUUUAAUAUUAUGGAUAAGGAGGGCAACGUUCAAAAUCAAGCGUACAAAAUAUUUAGCGACAACGUUUAUAUCUCUCAAAUAUCAGACAAAUGCAAAGUAAUGCGUGGUCAAGACGUCGGUGAAACUGCACGGAAAAUAAUGAACUGUUUUCAACAGGCAAACGAAAUUAUGCUGGCUCUGAAGUCUUGGCCAAAUAAAGACACAGGAUAUAUUUUUAAUACUUAAAAAUCAAUUUAAAAUUGAUUAAAAAAUAACAUUUAUUUAUUUGUAUUGACAUUUCUUUUUGAGACUGGUAAUUAUAUUAAUUGAAAUAUAAUUAGUCUGUGACGGAUAUUUAAAAAAAAAUUAAG